AUGCAGGUCGAGGCGCAGCAGGCGCGAACGCGUACGUCGGCUUCCGGACCUGUGAAGUCGAAUGGACGAGCGGCCGUGGGCAACUCGUUGGUUGAGGACGACGACGAUGUGGGGCCAUCGGUGAGUGAGUUGGCCAAGGGAAUGAGCUUGGAUUUUGAUGACGACGAUGUGGGGCCGACGAGGGUCAAGGGGGUCGAGUUGGAAUUUUACAAGGAUACAGGCGCAGGCCUGAGUAUUUUGAGAAGGGAUGACUGUGAGAAGAUAGGGGUCAAUGGUUGGGGACUCCUAUCCGAUUCCAAGAAUCUGGGAUCACUUAAGGACUGCGGCGGGCCAUCGCAUUUACUGUACGCUUGA